CAGCUAUGUGGCCUCUAGAAGCCACACCAGGCCUCUCCCUUACGACCAGCUGCCAUUUUUUCUCAGUCGUCGCUCACUUUUAAGCCAACGAAGGUGCUUGAUCUCCCAGCUUCGAUCGUCGGUAGCUUACCUCUGCCUCUCACGUGCUCAACGUUCAUCACACAUCCGCCAUCGCCUCCAACUGCAAGCCACCAAGCCUCCUGCUCGCAUGGAUGCGCCCUCUGGUCCUCAUCCUGUUCUGGCACAGGCGCCCUCUCCCAGCUCGUGCCGGCCAAUCUCGACGUCGGGCCUCUGUUCGCUGGUGGUCAGCGCUCACUGGGAUCGGAUCGGCCUCAACACCGUUUCACCUCCACCAAGCCUCGCCGGCGUGCUCUCCUAGCCGCGGUCGGAUCUGGCCUCCUGCUUUCCCUCCGGUACCCUCUCGUUCCCAGCUCGUGGUGCCUCUGCUCCUCUCGACGCCUAGGUAGCCAUGGCGUCUCCUCCCCUUCCCUUCCUCUGCCAUGGACGCGAGCUCCAAGAUUCUGCUCGUCCAGGCCCCUUCCCAGGUGCUCCCGCUGAGCCCCUGGCCGAGUUUCUUUCCAUGGCCGCCGCAGCACCUGUUUCCUGCACGCUGGUCGCCCCUGCCCCCAGCCAUGGUGCCGUCAGGCCACCCGUCUCCUACCUCCCAACGCCAGCCCUACUCCCAUGGCCGCGCCCUCUCCUCACUUGAAGUCAGCAACAACGCCUCGGUAGUGGUCGAACAGCACGUCGUCGACUCCGUGAUUUUUGGGCAGCCUGGUUGCAGUGUCGUUAAACCCCGUCCUCUUUCGAAGACGCGUGACGCUUGUUAGGUAUCAAAUAGAAAGACUGAACCGAAACUAUCGCCAUGUUCGCGGACACCGCGUCAAGUUUAGUCGUGGUAAGUCGAUAUGUUAUUUUCGUUAGUCGGAUAAAUGGUUGGUUUGUAUGGAUGCAUUGGUCACGAUGACCAUCUUGUUUGUAGCAUGUGUAUUUUGGUUAUGAUCGAUUAAAUAAAGUGUUUGGUAGAAGGCCGGAGCCUGAGUCGUAUUUGUUUUGUGGAAUUCACGGCGGAUUAAUAAUAGUA